GUGAAGAAGGCUACAGACCUCAGUUUGGGAGCCCGAGAGCCAGAAAUCGUCUCGAAUAGGCCUACUUAUCAGAUAUUACUGUAAGGCUCAUAAUCUCUCCACAGAGAGGAUCACCAUCUUCACAUGGUGUUUAAAUCUAGCUGUCAAUCAAGUUUGAUAGCGCAACAGUGGGCGUGACCAUUUGUAGACUGUCAAGUUUAGGAUGAACUCACGGUGUCUUCAGCAAGAUUGACGAACUUGCGUCACAAGGUGGUACGUGCAGUUUUCAUCCAGUUUAUAACAGAGCCGUCCCUCUCAAUAUCUCUUAAUAAUGAUUGUUUUGUGGCAGUAUCACUUAAUGAUGUGCUGAAUUUGAACUUUGUAGUUUGUCGGUCUAUCCCAUUUUAUGCGCAGACCCUUGGAGAGUUGGAGCACGCUACCAUUAUUUACCGUGCAUUUCUGUAGACAUCACGCAGCCACACUUAGACAAACCAGGCGUGGAAACAGCCCAGCUCUUUCAGACUUAUGAAGCAGGAAUCCAUCUCAAUGGCGAGCUCAAGAAAAACAUAUCCACAAGAAAUGUUGUUUAUGGUCGUGGGCCAAGAUGGUGUUGGAAAAUCUGCAAUAGUGGUGAGGUAUCUAACACACAGAUUCAUCGGCGAUUAUGACCCCCAGCUUGAGUCUGUUUACAGCCAUAUGACGAAGAUAGAUGACCAGUCGAUACUCUUGAAACUCUGGGACACGGCAGGUGAUAACGACAGUGAAGACAACGAAAGACAAGAACAGAUACGGAAGUGCGAUGGGUUUAUCUUCGUGUUUUCUCUAACCGAUCGGGACAGCUUCGUUUGCAUGAAAGAAUUAAGGGACAGAAUCCUUCGGAUCAGGCAACCAAAUGAGAAAAUUGCACAUUCAAUUGUUAUUGGCAACAAAUCAGAUUUGUCCCAUUUUCGAAAUGUAGACUCAUCAGAGGGUGCUCUUUUUGCUAAAGAGCUAGGCGGACAAUAUUAUGAACUUUCUGCAAGCGACGGCUAUUUGAAUAUCGUCGAUGCAUUCCAGGACCUGUAUAGGGAAAUCUUUCGGUCAGAAAAACGCGCCAAAGUAAAGAAAAUUACAGCUAGGCUGCAAUUGAGACAGACGCUGAGAAACUUUACCGAUAGGCAUAUACGAGCAAGGACAUACACACUAUAAUUCCAAGGUAUAUUAUAGUUUCAUUGAAACAUUAACGCAGCUGUCUUUAAAAAGACAUGGCAGUAGUUAUUAUGUGAGACAGGUGCAAUCAUUAUCGUCCGCAGAAUUUACACCUUGAUUGGUUUGUAUAUUUUGGUGUGAAACACACCAAGUAAAUGAUGACCAACGAAAGUCCGAAGACUUACUUUCAGUGGGGACUUCCCGGUGGCAAAUUCUGCAGUACACUUGGAGACAAUCCCUUGAUCUUUGCCGAAGAGUACAACGUUUUAAAGUGUACACGGCAACAAUGAACGCUGAACCAACGGCUUAAACCUCUCUUCCGAAAGACGGUGUGUUUUCUGUGAAAAUCAAGGCCUAUUCCUCUAAUGCUCAACCGAAAAGAACAGAAAUGAAAAAUCCACAGACAUCUGAUGAGAAUGUGUCUCCUAAUAAAGCGUAGCUACUAUAGCUAAUUGACAAAAAGCAUGUGUACUUUCAAAUACAGUAGGCCUUUAAACAUUUAAUCAUGCUAUUAAUAACAACACUAAAUAAGAACUAAUUUUUUACGAUGUACCGUAAUCCAAGGAAAUCUUGUCUGUUGGCCUUGAGAAAUAGCAGUUGCCAUGGCAUUCAGCUACAGCUGUUACCAUAAUGCAGAGUGUCAGUUACUGUAUAUGGUUUUAUGUUUUGCUAUAGCAAUUUCAGUUAAUUAUUAUAACAACCGAUUUUCAUGAGAAUUAGAACGCACGUGGCCCUGCUUUAUAGCGAAUACGAAGUUUGUGUACUUGUCAGUCGUCUGAGACUGACCACAUGGUUUGUCCUUAGCAAGGCAUUUCUGCGUUGUUUCUACCAAUGUUGCUGGUAAGCGUUGCAGAACGACUGGCAGUGGAGUGGGGACGAUGGAAGGGCUGGCUCUUUCCGGUUUUCUCGCACUAUGUUCUAAUACAGGUCUGUUAAAAACUAAAAAGAAAACGUAUACUGCGUUUUUGCGCUAUGAACUUUCUUCAACAUAAAAUAAAAUUACAUCUAUUUUCAUUGUACAGUAGUAAUUUUUAUUUGUACUAACGAAGUUCUCCUUUCAACUUGUGUUUUCAUAUUACGUGUUCAAUUAUAUUAUUGUUUCCAAAAUAUGUACAGCGUUGUAAAAUUCGUCCUAUUUUUUCAAUAAAAUUUUCAAUAUCGUAUUUUUGCAUACCGGUAUUGUAUUUAUAACCUAUUCUCUAACAUGCUGUUGAAACAUGGAAACGCGCCGUAUUCAUUCAAGUUGGUGCUAAAAAUAGCAUUAUUAAAACUAGCAAUUCUCAAAACAACUACUGGUAAUUGUGAUAAAAGAACAUAAAAAAAUCACAUAUACGAACAAACAAUUUAAAUUGUUUUCCUUUAGGCAAAUACAACUAUUUCCUCGAUACAAUUUGCAUCAAUAAUACGUGUGCAGACGUCUAGGACUUUUUGUUAUUCCAAAGCAUCUUACAAUGACAAGUUGUACAUUAAUUUUAACGUGUCUCUCUCGAAUUAAUUAUUGUCAAACCCGUUUCUAUCCUGUCCAACUUUUGAAAUUAAAGAGUUAUCCAUUAUGGUAGUAAAUUCACUAGGUACAUGCAGCGUGUAGAAAAUUUGCAUAGACGCGCGAAUCCGUCCUCGUAUUCGGUAAAUUGUUUUAUUGCGUUUAAUUUACCUCAUGAUUUGUAGACUCGCAAAAGACCGUUUGGACUAUAAACCAAGCAUGAAAUUAAAAAACAAACCCCCAGUAGGUCAAUUGAAAUAGCUUAAACACAAAAAUAUGACGUGUUACUGUAAAAAUAAAUACAACCGGGUAUCGGCAUAACGUGAACGAGGAAAUGCAUUUAGGCCGUCGUGGACACUAUUGAUGAUAAAUAUACACACUUAGGAACGUUAAAAUGCAAUACCUGUACUUCAUAAAUCCUAUUAAAAUUAAUUGUAGUUUCGCCCCCGCUUUUUCUUUUGGAGGCCGGGUGGCAAUGUUUUAACAGCACUGUUCAUGUUCAUGUUAUGACAGAUAAGAUAUUUGUGACCGACUUUACUGUCCGCAACAUGGACGAACUUCGAGAUUAUGAACCAAGCAUAACGGCAUAUUUAUUAAUAACAUGGCCUAGAACUGCAAAUAGUAAUAUAUAUAUAUUUUGUCGAAUCUUUUCAUGAUGUUGAAUUGAUGUCCCGUAAAAUGAAUAAUUCGGAAUUACUGUAUCUGCUUCAGCGUAUCUUCAUUUUUUAAACUAUGCAUAUUAAAAAAGGAAAUCAGAAUACGACAUAACGGAAAUAUAUCGCGCUUAAAAAAACUUAAAACUAAAAACAGGACAAUUUCUCAUUAAAAUGAGAGCACAUUCAUUCUCUUGUCGAACUUGCAUUUUUAUUGGCUUUGAUGAAGGAUUAGGCAAUUUAGAUGUGUAUACGUUAGCAAACUAGUGACUACGUUGUUACCGCGUGAGAGAGUACAGCACUUUUAAUUAUAAGUCAGUGGUAUUUUUACACAUUUACAAACACGAUCAUUUAUACCUGGAAGAUGAGUACUAAUUGUAGGGCUACAUUUUAAAGGAUGACGCGAUACGCAUAAUUUUAGUUAUUUUAUGUGUCAUCUUAUAGCUUCACUUAUGCAUGUGUAUGUCAAAAGUCGAGGUAAUAAUCUGUCUCAACACCAACAGAACGUUAACAGAAUAUAUACAGUAUUAAAAAUUCCAUUCAUGCUUUUUGAUAGACUACAUGUGCACUCUGUACCGUAGUUCGACAUAGGCUUACACACACAUCAUGCGCGAGUGAACCUACGGAAUUACGGCUACUUUCGGAGACAGUAAUGAAUCCGAUCGGAAUAAUGUAUUAUAAUGAAUUAUAGUUAUGUGCCAUCUUAUAGCUUCACCUAUGCAUGUGUAUGUCAAAAGUCGAGGUAAUAAUCUGUCUCAACACCAACAGAACGUUAACAGAAUAUAUACAGUAUUAAAAAUUCCAUUCAUGCUUUUUGAUAGAUUACAUGUGCACUCUGUACCGUAGUUCGACAAAGGCUUAUACACACAUCAUGCGCGAGUGAACCUACGGAAUUACGGCUACUUUCGGAGACAGUAAUGAAUCGGAAAUGUGUUUAAACACUCCAGUGGACUUGAUUUUAAUCUGUCUGGCGGCGCUGUUUAUAUGUUUCUCGGAAUUUAUGGUUACGUCAGCAUCGUAAA